AUGGAGUCCAUUACUAUGAUGGGAAGUCCAAAAAGCACAAAAGAUUGUUUUUUACCGAAUGGCACAAAUGGUUUGAAAGAAGAUAAGACCACUAUUGGUGUAAUAGGAAGUGGAGACUUUGCUAAAUCAUUGACCAUUAGGCUCAUAAGGUGUGGAUAUCAUGUGGUCAUCGGGAGCCGAGAACCAAAAUGUGCUGCUGACUUUUUUCCACAUGUUGUGGAUGUGACUCACCAUGAGGAUGCAAUUUUAAAGGCCAAUAUUAUAUUUGUAGCAAUACAUAGGGAACACUAUUCAUCUUUAUGGGAUCUAAAACAUUUGCUCACUGGUAAAAUAUUAAUAGAUGUAAGCAAUAACAUGAGAGUGGAUCAGUAUCCAGAAUCAAAUGCAGAAUAUUUAUCUUCACUGUUUCCAGACUGCUAUGUGGUGAAAGGAUUUAAUGUUGUUUCAGCGUGGGCUCUACAGCUGGGACCAAAAGAUGCCAGCAGUCAGGUAUAUAUUUGCAGUAAUAAUGUUCAAGCUCGUCAUCAAGUUAUUGAGCUUGCUCGUCAGAUGAACUUCAUACCAAUUGACCUUGGCACAUUGUCAUCAUCACGAGAGAUAGAAAACCUGCCCUUGCGCCUUUUCACUCCAUGGAAGGGACCUGUUGUAGUUGCAAUAAGCCUUGCUACAUUCUUCUUCAUUUAUUCUUUCAUCAGAGAUAUUAUACAUCCCUAUGUCAAAAAUCAACAUAGUGAUUUCUACAAGAUUCCCAUUGAAAUAGUGAACAAAACUCUACCAAUAGUGGCUAUUACCCUUUUGUCUCUUGUAUACUUAGCUGGUCUGUUGGCAGCCUCUCAUCAACUCUAUUAUGGCACAAAAUACAGACGAUUUCCUCCUUGGUUGGAGAGCUGGCUACAUUGCAGAAAGCAGCUUGGAUUGCUGAGCUUCUUUUUUGCAGCUGUCCACGUUGUAUACAGCUUGUGUUUGCCAAUGAGACGGUCUGAGCGAUACUUGUUUCUUAACAUGGCCUAUCAACAGGUCCAUGCAAAUGUUGAAAAUUCUUGGAAUGAGGAAGAAGUAUGGAGAAUUGAAAUGUAUAUUUCCUUUGGAAUCAUGAGCCUUGGAUUACUUUCACUACUUGCAGUGACAUCUAUCCCAUCUGUCAAUAAUGCUUUAAAUUGGAGAGAAUUCAGCUUUAUCCAGUCUACCCUUGGAUAUGUUGCGCUACUGAUUGCUACGUUCCAUGUUUUAAUCUACGGCUGGAAACGUGCUUUUGAAGAAGAAUACUACCGGUUUUACACCCCACCAAACUUUGUUCUAGCUCUGGUAUUACCUACUAUAGUCAUUUUGGGUAAGAUUGUUUUGCUCUGCCCUUGUGUUAGCAAAAAAUUGAGAAGAAUUAAGAGAGGAUGGGAAAAAAGCAAUCUUAAGGAGAAAUCAAGUGGAUCAGCAGCACAUGUUUCCCCUGAGAGAGUUACUGUUAUGUGAAACAACACUAAAUUUUACUUUUUUGUUGUUUUUGAAUCUAUGGAAACAAAGUUUAUUCAUUAUGGUCAA